AUGGCCGACCCAUACAAAUCCACGCCGGCCUCCUUCGCCGACCCCAACCCAUCACUCUCCCGUUCGAUCGCUCCCGAUGGCACGAAACGGCGAAAGGUAGAGUGCUCUCAUCCCUUGAUUUGUGAAGGCGAGUGUUUGAAGUGCGAACGCGCCGUCGACGACGAUGAUCACAGCCUUCCCUUUGGCUUCCUUCAUCCUUCUUUGAGGCUUAGCUACGAGUACGCCGAUCGGAUACGCGAGGUGAUCACCACCGCCGCGUUGGAAAUGAAGAAGCUUCACUUGGUCCUCGACUUGGACCACACCCUCCUCCACACCAUCCGGCUCUCCAAUCUCACCCCCGAGGAGGAGGAGCGGCUCAAGCCCGAGGCCGAGCGGAACGCGGAAGGUGGUGUCGAGGGCGGCGGCGACGUCUUCUUGGUUGAGUCGGAGACCAGCGAGGGGUUCAUCACCAAGCUGAGGCCGUUCGUGCGGGAGUUCUUGAGAGAGGCCGACCAGAUGUUCCAGCUCACGGUCUACACGAUGGGAGGCCGUGUGUAUUCGUCCAGGAUGACGAAGCUGCUGGACCCUGACGGGAAAUACUUCAGCGACCGGGUGAUCGCACGGGAGGACUGCACUCUCAGAGGCCGCAAGAACCUCGACAUGGUCCUGGCCAAAGAAUCCAACAUAUUGAUCAUGGACGACACCGAGAGCGUGUGGCCGGAUCACACAGAUAACCUGAUAGCGAUCGAGCCGUUUUACUACUUCUCUCACGGGAGCAAGAGGCGGCGUGCGCGGCCCGGCUCCGAUCACGACGAGGGCGAGCAAGACAGCAUGUUGGCCACCGCUCUUCAGUUUCUCAAAGAAAUCCACAGGAGUUACUUCGACUCGAAGCUAGGGCUUGAGGGCGGGGACGUGCGAGAGGUGAUGCAACAGAUGCAGACCCGAGUCCCCGGUACGUCUGAUGAUCAAGCUCCUCCUGGAGAUGUAAUGUAA